AUGGGGUACAUCUUUCGCGACUAUAAGUGUGAUGCGUACGGAUUCCUGUCCGCAUUAAACGUUCGAGAGGAGGCAUGGGAAAGUCGGUGGCAAACGAAUAAGACAACAACUAUGGACCUGUACGACCUCUCGGGCCACUUAAUGGACGGUGCUUUCGGAAGCGUUUACUCGGCGAUCAGAAGAGCCGACGGACUGCCGGUCGCCGUGAAGGUAGUGAGAAACUCCUCGGCGUCCUACCUGACGAACGAAUCGGGCGAAACGAUAUUGGCGGAGGCGCACUUCCUAUGUUUGGUCUCGGGGAUCGAGGGUUGCAUCGGAUUCGUGGACGUUCACCAGGUCAAAGAUUGUCAUUUACUCGUGAUGGAACGGCUGCUUCGGAGCUCCGACCUAUUUCAAGUUCUGGAGAAAGUCGGCAUUAUCCCGAAGGAGAGAUGCAGAUGCUUCUUUCGGCAAAUCGUGGACGCCUACGUCGGUUGCUUGAAACGAAACGUAGUUCACGGAGACCUGAAGAUGGAGAACGUGAUCGUCGAUCUGGACACGGACAUGAUCAAGCUGGUGGACUUCGGUUUCGCCAAAUUCGUCGACGACCAACCGAUCGCCAGCGCUUUCGGAACCACCGAUCAUUACCUUCCUCCGGAGAUGCUGAAACAUCGAUUCAUGUAUGCCGUUCCGGCGAUGAUCUGGUCGCUCGGAAUCAUGCUGUUCGAAAUGAUCACCGGAGAAGAAGUAGAACGCGGCCGUCGACCGUACUUGCAGUUAAUCAACGACGCGGAGCUACUUUCGCUCCUCGAUCGAAUGCUGGCGGUCGACUGGAGGAAGAGACCGUCGCUGAAACAAGUGUCGGAUCAUCCGUGGACGAAAAAAAUGACCGCGAAUUGGGAAUAUGUUCAAUAG